GAUCGGCGGACCUCCCGUGAACAUUAAGUCUACGUAAAAUUUUCGAUAAAUAACAUUACGUAACAACAAAUACGUACUUUGAAUUUUUCAAAUUUUUUUUUCACUCGUUUAAGUCUUAACUGGAAAAUGGCCACGAAAAUAGAUGUAGCGAAAUUAAUACAUGAAGUCAGCAAACAUCCAGAGAUCUACAAUCCAGAUCAUGCAAACUUUGCCAAUAAAGAAAUAAGAAACAAUAUUUUUAAUACCAUCAUCAAUAAAGAUAUGGAUGGUAUAACAGGCGAAAUUCUGCAGCGCAAGUGGGACCAAAUAUUAAACAAGUAUGCUAAUUUCAUUAGAAAACUGAGCAACGACGAUUCGUCUGAAAAAAUUUUGGAACGAUUCAUGAAAUGGCCGUGGACAAAACCCAUGCGUAUCUUUAAACCAUAUGUUCGCAAACAAUUCGGAAUACCGGAAUUUCAACCCGCGGUGCAGCUGAUAGCCGGAAUGGAGGCGGACGUGCCGCAUAUCCCAAUUUCGGCUCUACGGCCUUUGCAUACUAUAUCCGCUGUAGAUGGACCGUCUAACGACGACGCGACGUCCGGCUCCGAAUUUCCAUACCCGCGGUCCACUGGGCAGGGACGUGAACUGCAGGGUGACGAUCAUGUCGUACAAAACCCGACACUUCACUGUGUAACUACGUCGACUUUCGAAAGUCCUUCGACCGCGAAUGAGACGCCAGUCACUUCGAGACCCGCAGACUCACAACUUGUGCACCCUAUUCCGGAACCCAGUAUCGAGCUCCCGCAACCAAGACCGAUCGAAAUUUUGGAGAUUCCGAUGUCUAAUAUUGGGUUCAUGGGUCCCGAGUUCAUACGGGCAAUACCGGCAUCGCGACUGCCGCAGAUUUUGGAAAACUUAAGCAGCACCGGGUCGUCAUCGUCGUCCCGCAAUUCCACUGAUCGGGAUGAUGGUUUCGACCAGUUAGGGAGGAGUAUCACUGCUACCAUGAUUCAAGACAUUCGAAGGAUGAUAACCAUGGGCCAGUUCUCCGGCGAUGAUGCAGGCAGCAAUGAUGACGAUGAUGACGAUGAUGAUGACGACGACACCGAAGAAGACGAUGACGACGACGAUGACGACAAUGACGACGGCGAUGACACGGUAGACGACGAAGUAGCGAAGAACGAAGGAGCGGUGGAUACUGGAGAUGAUGGACCGUCUAGUUCUAAGAAGAGACGUCGACAGGACCAGUCCAAUGAAGACGGUGACAAAGGUCGCACAAGAGUUGAUGGUGAUACAAGCCGCACAGGAAACAACGAACGUGAUGGUCGGGAGGAUGUUCUACCCGAUCUGCCACAACCCAAGCCGGCGGUCAAGAGAGGACCGUCGGAUUUUAGUGCACAAGAGCACAUAUUUCUGGCUUGGGCUAAGACGAUGAGUACAUUUACGCCCAAACGACAAGCGACAAUUAAAAUGCAAAUCAACAAAAUCAUGUCCGAGGCCGAAUUCGAAGAUUUGGACGACGAGUUUUUUGCUGCUAACAGACAACCUCACCGGCCUAUUUACACUUCACGCUAUUGAACAAAUCGUUUUAUUCCGGUCAAAGGUUGACGGAUUGGAAGUAUUUUUACGGAACACGCUCCUACAACAUUCCAUUAUCGAAGAUCAUAGUUUUCAUCAUUAUUAUAAAAUAAUGUUUUAGAGUUUACUCAUUUAUUAAUCACGUAUUUAUGCGCUAUUAUUAUACAUCAAUUGCUUUAUUCGUUAAUCGUUAUAUUAUUUACUAUAACAACAUAUUGGAACAUAAAACAAAACAAAAAAAAAUAUAUUAAUUUAUAAAAUAAUAACUAUAAGUUUAAAUUAAGUUAAAUUAUGCUUUGAUACCAGUGCCACAACUAGAUGAUGAGCUUCGUUUUCCCUCUAAAACAAAGGGUAAUUUAGCCAUCCAAGUUACAACAUUAUCAUCUACCUAGUUUUGUUUAAUUUUGACAGUUUAAGAGAAUAAAAUUAAUAAAAAAUAAUAAGUUAAUAGGUAUUUUCAUAUCUGAAUGUCGAUUUUGCUAUAAACAUUUUUUUUAUUAAUUUGUUAAAAAUACCUCAUCACUAUCGUUACAGUAAUCAAGCGAGUUAAAUAAAUUAUUAUUCAAGCUGCUGACAUUUUGGAUUAACAUAUUGCAAUAUCUUUAUUAUUAAAAAAAAAUUCAUCAACAAUACUUAAUUUAUAAUUAAUGACCAUGUUAAUUAUAAGUUAAUCAUUUUUAAGUAUAUUUUAAUGCAUUGCCUUGUCUGCUUAUCUGCCUGGGUAGGUAUUGUUGUAAUGGUUGAUAUAUACCCAAACCCAUAUAGUGCUGUUGUACUGUGCUCAUAAAAUAUACUAUUAUUUGGACAAUUCUGAGUUAAUAAGACGACAGUACAAAAAUAUUCAAUCUCAUAAUAUACAAAUUAUUGAAACUUAUAAUUACUAUAAUUACUAUAUUUAUAUUUAAUUGAAUUAUGUAUUAGCAAAUAUACGUGUUAAAUGUUUAAGUAAUGCUGUUAUUCAAACAUACUACAUGAGCAUAUUUUUUGUGUGAUGUCUGAAAUUAUUAAUUUGUUAAAUUGGUAUUCUAUUGUUACUUUUUAAAUUAUGAUUGUCAUUACUCAUUAUUAACGACUAAAGAAAAAUGUAACUGGGGCAAGGAUUUACACUAUUAUACUGCACAUCAUACUUAUAAAACACACUUUUGUCAAUGUCUGUAUGUAUUUAUAUUCUUGAAAUUCAAUGUGAAUUGGUUAGGUAGCAUAAUAUAUCUGUAAACAUUUAACUUAUUACUUAUAAUAUUGUAAAAUAUGCUAAUGUAUAAAAGAAAUAGAUAUCUAUUAUAAUAGUCCUUUGUAUGUCCAAUAUCAAUAGAACAAUUAUAUUUUGCACAAUUUUAAAGACAGUAGAACUCCGAUUAUCCAAAUGCCUAUCAACCAAACUUCCGGAUGUCAAAUUAACAGGACGAGAAAAAAGAACUAUGAAGCAAACUAAAAUAUCAACAUUUUUCAAAAUAAAAUAAAUAAUGUGCCAAGUCGGCUAUUUUUUUUUUCUUUUAAAAUAUGUUAUUGUAUUUAUAGCUUGUUCUUUUUCAGUUAAAUAUUAUAAUAAAAUUAUUUAUUUAUUGUUACAAAUUUCAAAUUAAAUUACAUAGAUUUUAAUAAUAAAUAGAUACAUAGAAUACAUUUAUACAAUUAUAUAACUUUUGAUAUGUCAUAUAUCAAUCAUCCGGAUAUUUACUUAUCCAGACCACCCUUGACAUUAAUUAAUCUGGAUAAUUAAAGUUCUACUGUAGUUAAA